GUGUGUGUGUGUGUGCGUGCGCGUACAUGCGCGUGUGCACACACACACAUACGUAUGGGGAUAGAUCUGGGCAUUCUGGCAAGGUAAAGAGCUGGUCUGUUUGGCAGGACCAUCCCAUCUGGGAUCCAUCUGUGUUUCUCUGGAAUCGGACAGGCGGCUCUAAGUCAGUGAGAAAUCGCAGAUGUGAGGGAGCUGACACAUGUCCAGCUAAUGAAAAGAGAAGGAAGGGUGGUUGCAGGCUCGGUUUGAGGAUUAGGAGUGGCAAAAGAAGACAAUUUUUAUUUAUAUUUUAAAGGAAUUGGGUGUUUUCGACAGCCAUCUGAUUAUUUGGACCCUUGGGUACAUACGUUGCUAGUGAGAAAAGGGUGCCAGUAAUGCCAGGAUCCCCUGUGGAAGUAAAGAUACAGUCAAGAUCUUCUCCGUCCAGCAUGCCACCACUGCCGCCUGUCAACCCUGGUGGACCUCGACCUGUCUCAUUUACCCCAGCUGCACUAGUACCCAACGGGAUGAACCAUUCUCCCCCUACACUGAAUGGAGCACCAUCACCCCCUCAGAGGUUCAGCAAUGGGCCUGCUUCCUCAUCUUCAUCUUCACUGACCAAUCAACAGCUCCCAGCUACUUGUGGGGCUCGACAGCUCAGCAAACUGAAACGCUUUCUUACCACCCUCCAACAGUUUGGCAACGACAUUUCACCAGAGAUUGGGGAGAAGGUCCGGACCCUUGUUUUGGCAUUGGUGAAUUCUACAGUGACAAUAGAGGAGUUCCACUGCAAGCUUCAGGAGGCUACUAAUUUUCCUCUUCGUCCAUUUGUGAUUCCAUUCUUGAAGGCCAACCUUCCACUUCUGCAGAGGGAGCUGCUGCACUGUGCUCGGGCAGCCAAACAAACCCCUUCCCAGUACCUGGCCCAGCAUGAGCACAUCCUGCUGAAUACAAACACUGCUUCCCCAGCAGAUUCUUCGGAGCUGCUGAUGGAAGUGAAUGGAAAUGGGAAGAGGCAUAGUCCAGACAGGAGGGAAGAAAACAGCUUUGAGAGAGAGCCGCUCCCGUUGGAGCCUCCUGCCAAGAGGGUGUGCACCAUUAGCCCAGCACCUCGGCACAGUCCAGCUCUGAUGUUGCCCGUCAUAAAUCCAGCUGGGCAGUUUCAUCCUACUCCGCCCCCACUUCAACAUUACACCCUUGAAGACAUUGCAACAUCCCAUUUGUACAGAGACCCAAGCAAGAUAUUAGAGCAUAGGGAACUCCGAGAUCGACAUAGCAUAGGGUUAAAUGGAGGCUAUCAAGAUGAACUUGUAGACCAUCGCUUAACAGAAAGAGAAUGGGCUGAUGAAUGGAAGCAUCUUGAUCAUGCAUUGAACUGCAUCAUGGAAAUGGUAGAGAAGACCAGGCGCUCCAUGGCUGUUCUCCGCCGUUGUCAGGAGGCUGAUAGGGAAGAACUCAACUACUGGAAGAGACGAUGCAGUGAACCCACAGAGCCACGGAAGGGCGGGAGUGAAAUAAUUACAAGACAGCACAGCCCAGGGAGCUCAGACUCUAUUAACAGUGAAUCUCAGCGGGAGUUCAGCAGCAGGUCAGGAGGAACAGCCAGUUAUGUCACUGAGGAGAUAUGGAAAAAAGCUGAAGAAGCUGUGAAUGAAGUGAAACGGCAGGCCAUGUCCGAAGUACAAAAAGCUGUUGCAGAGGCUGAGCAGAAGGCAUUUGAAAUGAUUGCAUCUGAAAGGGCCCGCAUGGAGCAGACCAUUGCAGAUGCAAAGCGGCAGGCCACUGAAGAUGCUUUCCUAGUGAUCAAUGAGCAGGAGGAGUCUACCGAGAGCUGCUGGAACUGUGGUCGUAAAGCCAGCGAGACAUGCAGUGGGUGCAACAGUGCUCGCUAUUGUGGUUCCUUUUGCCAACACAAAGAUUGGGAAAAGCACCACCGAAUCUGUGGUCAGGGCUUACACAGCCAGGUCAAACCAAUCCCCUUACCAGCAGGGCGGUCUGCAUCAACAACUCUGAAAACAGUAGAUGGGAUAGCAAGUCCAGCUCUGGAGAAAACAUCUACUACCACAUCUCGAUCCUCCACUCCAGCUUCUGUGACAGCAAUAGACACAAAUGGUCUCUAAAAGAGAAGGUUUCACACAACACAUUAUUUGUUUUCUAAAUUUGAAAAAAAAAACACAUCCUCAAAACAUAUUCAAAAAUUUGUCCUUGAGGACAAAAGCAUUCACAUUAUUAUAUCAGAGGCAUUUUGAUCUAAUUUUAAGAUGUUCAUGUUAGCCCUCCACUGCUGGAAUCUCAGGAUUCUCUCCCUGGUUUCCUAGAAUCCUGAGAACUUUAGUCCUGUUGUUUUAUUUCAUUUAAAGUUCCUUAAAGGGAGAUUUUAUUGUUUCAUGCUUCUAAAAAGGAGGUUAUUCUCUAUUUUACUGCAAAGCAGAGUUGUUUGGGCAAACUCUCCUCUCAGUUUGGUAUUCAGAUUCUUCUCUUGUACAGUCUAGGCCAGUGGUCCCCAAACAUUUUCAGGCUACUGCCAUUUUAUCUUGGGUGACAACUCUAGUGCGCUCCCCACCACAUGCUAGGCAAGGGGGAAAGGAGGGGAGUGCACACCUGCCCCCUCCCUACCCUUUUGCCUUGGCUAGCUGACUUGAACUAGCUAGCCCAGACAAGAGGGAACAGAGGAGAGCUUGUUCACACCUGCCGCCAUCCCUUCCCUUUUCCUUCACACCCUGGACAGACAGACAGAUCCAGAAUGAAGUGGGAUCUAAAAUUGCUUCAUGCAGUGACUUACCAGCUAUCUCACUUCAUCCAUUUUAAUUUGUUACAGUUAGAGAGCAGGUGGCUUAUGUUGACCAUAGGCCUUUACAGAUUUAAAUGUUUCAUCCAAAGAUUUUUGUAAAAUGGUUUCCCGCUCUUUUACAUCUUUAAAUUGGUUUAUCUUGUCUGUGUAUGAGUUGUUGGCUAUAAAUAUAUUAUUUAAUCAGUGUAUACAUUAGAUGAUAUGCACCACACCUGCAUUAUUCCAGCUGCUGUUUCAUUUCUGGUCCAGUCUCUCAGAGCAUGCUUGCUAAACUGAGCAGGGUUUGACUAUCUAUAACACCAAAGGCUAAUGGAAUUCUCUUUCUUCUCUCAUCACUUUAUGUGUACGUUGAUUCCAACUAAAAAAUCCAUAUGUGGAAAACCAAGCAAUGUGACACCUUUUCAAAGCAUUAGGCUGUGGUUCUGAGAUUUGCCCCUUGCGCUUUACAAACGUGCAACAUUUCCUGUGCUGUAUUUCAGAAAAUAUCUCUAGAACAGGACCUGGGUAAAAAAAAGCCUCCUCAUCUUUGAAGUAGACAAUAUUUAUCUAGAUAUAUAUGGAGUCAUUCUGUUGUUUAAAAUGGCCAAGCAACCUGUAGCUCUUCAGCUGUUGAACUACAGGUCCCAUUAUCCUUCACUAUUAUUCUUGCCAGCCGGGAGUUGCUAAUUGUCAAUAUCUGGAGGACCACAAUAUUCCUAAAAGAGUGGCUGUGUAAAGUUUUACUUUGUGAUUGGUUCAGACAUAUAUAAAGGGGGGUGGGGGUAGUACACUGUGUUCUCCCAUUUGUAACUUUGCCACAAAAACAUGUUUUGCUUGAUUGGAAUGUAAAAAGAAAUCAUUUUUUGCUGUUAAAUCUGAAAAAGAAAGAGGAAACAGGUAGGUAUUGUUUCCAUAAUGCUGAAACAUGGUUUGGCAUUCUGUCUAAACAAGGAGGGGCAACUGUCAGAGAUGAAGGGGCCAGAUUGGUGCUACAAAUGUUCUUGAAGAGAGUGUACCCCACACUGAAAAAGAUGUCCUUAUGCACCUCUCGGUUUUUUCAGUCAGUUCCUGUUGGUAAAAAGGUCUCUCCUGGUCCUAAAAUAGUGAAACUGCUCCUCCACAGGAGGAACAUGGGGGCAUUUCCCCCAGAAAAUUAGGAGUCCUGUGGGCUGCGUGCAGCCCAUGGACCACACUUUUCCCACCCAGGUCUAAAUCAACCUGUUGUAGCCCAACACUGGUUUCAUUAUAAUAUGUCAGCAGAGCUUCUGUAAUUGUUUACUUUUUUCUUAUCCAUAUGUUAAGUGUCUCCAAUUUUUAAUGUAUCUAAAUAUGCAACUGCUUGGAAAAAUAUUCCAAAUUAUGUAUGCAAUCCCUUCCCCAGUGUCAUAUUGCCAAAGAGGGAAAUCUUAUGAUCAGUGAGGAGGAGUAAGCUUCUGAAGCUAUCAAAAUACCCUGAUUUAUUGGCAACCCUUAUUGGCUCCAAUAAAAUGGAAACCACAAAUAGGCUACAAGGAGCUUGGAAAAAAAAUCCAGAAGUGUAGAUAGAAACAUUUAUUGUUCCAGUUCUUUCAUUUGGGCGACCUUGAAAAAUUAAGUUUCCCUGAUGAAGAGCUGUUAUAAUUAAAAGGAUCUAAAAUAACUUGGAAUAAUAAAUACCAUUUUUGUACUGCAUUUUUAAAAUUCUUGGUCAUCUCUGUUAGCUGCAAAACUUUCUCUGCCACACAAAAAUCUUGAGUGUUUUGUUUUGUUUUGUUUUUCUUUAAAAGAAACUUCUACUAAUAUAGAACUUCUUCUAGUGCUGCAGGGACCUAUCAAGACUGCUCUCUGUAACAUCCCCAUAGUUUGGCAGCAAAUCGAGAAAUCCUAAUGAAAAUUGUGGUGCUGAAAUAAAUCUCAGUUGCCACUUAAUUCUUUGAAGAGAACUGAAUACUGCAAGAUCAGUUCCAAAGAACUGUGAGUGAGCAUGUGUAUGUAUGUGUGAGUGUUUGUGUGCUUGAGAGAGGUCUGGCAUUCUGAAAAUGAGUGUAAAUACAGUCUUCCAUAACUUAACAUGCAAAUACAAUGGCUUGCUAUGUAUUAAGAGAAAAUAUGUUAGUGUAAAUAAGUUAAAUACUACCUGUCAUGCUUUUAAAAUGAUUUUUUGAAAAGGGGAGUGAAAGAUGUGAAAUUUUAUGGGAAGACUUCGUGGAUUCUGUUUUCUAUAUAUAUUUUUUGUCAUUUGAUUCUAUACUAGGAUUUUUUGUUACCUAUUUCAUGUGCAUAACUUAUUUAAUGUACUGUAUAAAGGAACCCAAACUGUUACAGAUGUAUUUAGUUUGUUUUACUCACAGUAGUCAAUAAAAAGACUAUAUUCACCUUACAACA